UGUGCAGACGGUCCAUGACUCAUCAAUUGAUGUAUAAUUGAAAGAGUAAUUCGGGUAUUGUCGGGUGUUGUAAAUUGUCUCUUUUAGUCAUCACUUUGAACAAUAUUCGGAAUAUUAAUCUACAUCUCCGCAAUCCCGGAGAUUGCAUGGACUUCCCUAAUCGGGACGAUAGAGAUCCGCUAGCGGUCCGUCUGUAAAAAACUGUGAAAAACUAAUAAUCAUAAUUCUUCACUACUUAUUCAAGGAGUAUUUCUUUUAUUCUCCUUGCUUUGAAUAUCACUUUAAAAUUUUAUUCAACUUGAGAUUCAGGGUAUACAUAAAAAAAGCUUUGCAAACUUAUCAUUAUUAUCUCAAUUCCAUAUAAAUACUGUGGUGAAAUAUAGAAGUUUACUUCACGGGAUUAAUCUUAUCCGGAUAAGUCUUAUUAAAUCCUAUUGAUAUCAAGUGAAGCAUAAACUUGAUUAUUGUUCAUUAGUUGAUACUACUUUCAAAGCUACUUGCUCUACAUUCAAGAGCUUUCCAGUCUCUUAAUUUACUUUUUUUUUUGACAUUCCCAUAAUGCUGAUUCCCCUGGUAUCAUCUGGGCGUAGUACUGACACAUUUUCCCCACAAAUAAUAGGUGAAAAAGAUGAAAUGACAUUUGAAGUAAGUUUUGAUGGGAAAGAUGACAAGGAAAACGUUAAAAAUUCUUCCCAUUUAAGAAAAUGGAUUAUCGCUAUUGUUAUAUCAGCAGUUUCUGUCUGUGUUACUUGUAUAUCUUCUAGUUGGUCUUUAGCUAGUGGAAACAUUAUGGAGCAUUUUAAGGUGGGGCAUGAGGUGAGCACUCUUGGAAUAACGUUCUAUAUUUGGGGGUUGGGAACUGGAGGUAUGUUUCUCUCCCCAAUAAGUGAAUUCCAUGGUCGUAAAGUUACCUAUGUUGCAGGUUUGUUUUUCACAAUUUGCUUUGAGGUGUUAACUGCAUUUAGUCCCAAUAUAGGAGGGAUGUUAUUUGGAAGAUUUGGUUCGGGGUUCUUUGGCUCUUCAUUUAUGGCAGUAGCUAGUGGAACUUUCUCGGAUAUUUUCACAAAAGAUCAAAUUGCAUAUCCCUUGGUCUUAUAUACCAUGUCUCCAUUUGUAGGACCAGGACUUGGUCCUUUGAUUUCAGGAUUCAUCAACACAUACUUGAAUUUCAGAUGGACAUUCUACAUCAUGCUUAUCUGGUCAGUGGUAAUGCUUGUAUUGGUAACCCUCUUAGUUCCUGAAACUUAUGAACCAAUUCUAUUAUGUAGAAAGGCUAAACGUUUAAGAAAAGAAACAGGAGAUGAAAGAUAUUAUGCCCCAUUGGAAAAGUCCGCCACAACUUUAUAUCAUAGUAUUGUGGUCUCUUCUAGAAGACCAUUCUUACUUUUAUUCAAAGAUCCAAUGACUAUUGUCUUGUGUUUUUAUACUGGGUUUUGUCUUGCAAUCGUAUAUAUGUUCUUCGUUGCCUUCCCUUAUAUUUUUAGAACAGUUUACAAGUUUUCGCUACAAGAACAAGGUUUAUCAUUUUUAGGGCUUAUUAUUGGUAUGGCGCUUUCAUCAGCAGUAACUCCUAAAUUCAUCAAAAUUAAAUAUUUAAAGAUGAUUGAAGCAAAUGGUGGUGUAUCAAAACCUGAAUUUCGUUUUGUUUCUUUAUUUGCUGGCGUUGUUACUGUUCCUAUUGGAUUAUUUAUUCUUGCUUGGACUUGCUAUCCACAUGUUCAUUGGAUUGUUCCUAUCAUUGGUUCUGGUAUUUAUGGUGCCGGGGUGACACUUGUAUUCAACGGUAUAUUUGCGUACACAGUUGAUGCUUAUAAAUUAUACACUGCAUCUGCCAUGGCUACAAACUCCUUUGUACGAUCAUUAAUGUCCGGGGUGUUUCCUCUUUUUGGACUUCAAAUGUAUGAACAUUUAGGUGUACAUUGGGCAACCACACUUUUAGCUGUUUUUGCUUGUGUCUUAAUUCCAAUCCCAUUCUUUUUCUUCAAAUACGGUGAGACUCUCAGAGCUAGAAGUCCAUAUACAUGGUCUGAAUAAGAAGCAUAAUAUGUGUAAU